AUGUCGAAAGGAUCCGAUAUUGCGAAUCAGGCGUUGAGUUUCAUUGUUGAUUUGAAGAAAAAACCACCAAUGGUCCAAAUGGGAGUUGGAGCUGGCGUAGGAACUGUUUCUGGAUAUUUGAUGACAAAGGGUGGUCGAAUGGUGGCAGCGACUGUCGGAGCAUCUUUUCUUCUUGCUCAAUUUGCGAUACACAAGGGAUACAUUACUGUGGAUGAGACGAAAAUCCAACGAGAUCUGAAAAAUUUGAAGAAAUCCGUUUUAGAAAAGUUGGAAAAGAAUAAAUUCCUUCCCGAUAUGUCUGAAUCAUUCGUUUCUGAACAUCGAUGGAUACUUGGAGGAUUUGCCGCCGGAGUUUUAAUCGGAUUUAGUCUUGGAUAA